ACUUUAAAGAUGGCAGCCCCCAUGAUUACACAGGUGGAUGCUUGUUUUGAAAAUGUUAAUCAAAUUAGUGAUGAAAAAUGUGAUAAAAACGUGGAACAUUCAACAAAAUUAUCUUCACAGCUCCUCUAUCCUGAAAAAUUUUCUGAUUGUAAGAAUAUUGACUUUAUCAUUCAUAUCCCACGCCAUAAUAAUAAAAUGCUAAUAAUUUAUAAUAAUAUUCCAUCUGCUUCUUCAUUUUUAUUUUUACUAUAUAUAGAACAUUUUUCGUUUUUAAACAGAAGUUAAAAGUUUUAGUAGUAGUAGGCAUAAUAAAAAUUGCUGCUUUGCCUCCAUAAGUUAAGCUUUAAUUUACUCUGUCAUACUUAAGUCUAUAAGUAGUAUAAGUAUAAGACCUGUCAAUUUAAGUCAAUUACCUUAGGACUUAGGGUUCUCUACUAAAGUUAAAUUAUUUGAAUUUCACAUAUAUCAUAUAUGAGAUUAAGUACCGGCCGGUAGCACAUGCAGGGGCGUCUACAGUUAUUGCUUCCCCAAUAAUAAUACUAAGUACGGAGUCUAUCUUUCCCCGUGCCUGCCUUUUGAAUUUCUGCACUGAUCUGUAGCUAACAAACUUUAAUUUAAUAUUUGAAUUUGAAAGAAAACAAUUAUAAUUAUACAAAUUCUCAAUAUUUUAAAUUAUAUUUUUGGUCAAAUCAAAGACGAGAUGCCAUGUAUUUUCCCAUGGUCAUCAUUAGGGGUGUGCCGGACCCCGGUCCGGAAUCCGGUUCCGCCGGAUUUUGCACUAUCCGGUGAAAUCCGGUUCCGCCGGAUUUACAUGUAUCCGGAACAACCGGAUUCCGGAAUAUACCGGAUUUCGGAAUUUGCCAGAUUUUGUGACUCACCGGAUCAUAAUCUGAAAUAAAAGUAAUUCUCUUUCCCGAAUUCCACACGAUCACGAUACAUUAAUCGAUUGUUUCGAGCGUUGAGCUUGUUUAAUGUUUAAUAUUCCGUACAUACCAGAGGCUAGAGUCAGCACCGCUAAUAGUGGCCAAUAGUGUAGGGACUUUGAUAAGAAAAUUUAAACUUUUUGUAAAAAUAAACCAAUGGCAUAGUUGAAAAGAUGUAAUUUUUUAAAGAAUUAUAACACCAAAAUCAUAUUUUUAGCUGUUGUAGUUUUAAAGUUAUGAAUUUUUAAAGUACGACUUGGUUUGUCAUUUUUUAACAUGGACUGCAUCUCCACAUUCUGUGAUCUCAUUCCGCCAAUCCCGUCAUGCGCAAUGACUAUAUAGUUUAUAUAAGGCAACGCAUUCCCUGCCUUAUCACUAAAAUACUGUUUAGACUUAGUUUAAACUUUCAACUUUGGCACAUGAAUAAUUAAUUAAAGCUUUCCCUGACCAAUGGUUUAAUAGUUUUUGCACACGGCAAACUCUUAUGAAUGAAACUCUGAGGUAGUACUACGAUACAGUUAUGCAAGUGGCUGUGAAUGGUUGCCAAUGACAACGUGUUGCACACGGUAAAUUCUGAUCAUUUAUAAUAUGGAUUCUACCGGGUUGUUAAAGCUCAAAUUAAAACAUUCCAGUUUAAAUGUCUUUAAAUGCAUUCUGAAACACAAGUUAUCAAUUAUUUUGAUGUAAAUAGUGAUAAUAAAUUAAUAUUUCCUAAGUAUCGUCAACUUCCGCCAUUAAAAAGGGGGGCGUGGCCAACCCCAUGGCGAAAUUAGGUUGAGCGAGCUGCAUAACCUGCUGCGAACGCGUAGAAACAUGGCGUCUCUCGUAAGACACUUAUCCAAAUGGAACGGAACUCAAAUAUAUAUCGAAAGUACUAAUUUAAUAAUAAAUAGACACACACAUCGGAAAAUUAAAAACUCGGAUUUUUUGGCGCCGAUUGCGAAUUCCCAUACACAAAAAGUAGUAGUCCACCUUGACUUACCGAAGUAUCUACCAAUAGUACCAAAAUCCGGAAUCCGGGAGAAACCGGAAUCCGGAUCCGGCGGAUUUCGCAUAAGAAAAUCCGGAUCCGGAUCCGGUUGGAAAAAACGGAUCCGGCACACCCCUAGUCAUCAUCUUGGUUGCCACGACUCGUGAACUUUUACAGUUUCACGGGUGGUGAUUACCAAGAUGGAGGUCAUGUUAAAAUAAAAUAUCUCAGGUUUGCUAAAAUUAGGAAUAAAACGUUAAAAAUUAAUGAAAAAAGGUCCUAACUGUAUCCCUAAACCUAACCUGAACCUUAAAUCACUAAAAAAAUCUAUCCCUAAACCUAGCCUUAACCCUAAAUCUAUCUCUAAACCUAACCUGGGUAUAGACCCUAAACCUAACCUGGGUAUUGAGUAUUGACCCUAAACCUAACCUGGGUAUUGAACCUAAACCUAGAGUGGUAUGAAUUCAGAAGUUGAGUACGGUACUAAAAUUUAAUUCACUCUGUAGUAAAGAUCAUGGUUAAUAUCAACUUACAUAAUAUAAAAACAAAUUCUUUUCAUAAUAUAAAAUACCUUGUCUUAUGUACUUUCAUAAAAAUUUAUAGUUAAUAAAUUGUUAAAAUAAUGCUGACUAUUCAAUAACAAUAUUGAAAAUGUAUACUUGUAAUGGUCUCUGAAUUCAUUUAGACUGCCAAUUUUUGUUAUUUUGAGAAGCAUAUGAAAUUGCUAAAAAUGGCUUGAUGCUAUAGAAAAAUGUUUUUGACAGUUAAUAAUCUUAAAAAGUUAAUAAAAAUGUUUUUAACGGUAAAUAAUCUCAGGAUUUGAUGAUUUGAAUUGCUGCAAAAUGUGAAGAAUUAUUGAGCUUUUAACGAAAUUGUAAUAUUUUGUUAUCAAUAUUGUUAUAUUAUAUACUUCCAAAUUAAACACUAAUACCAUGAUUGACUUGACCCAUAGACAGAAUUUAUCAAGUCCAAUGGCUUCCACCACUCAAACACUCCUGAUCAUAGGUAUUAUAAAAAAUUUUAAUCUAAUGGCAAUGACGUGUUGUUGGCAGAAAUAGGAAAUGUCAUUGGCUAACAACAGAGGGUAAUUGUACCUGUCAAAAUAUGGGAUUCGGAAAUAGAAAAUAAAUCAAGUUGCUGUAAAGUGGCAAUAUUUUUUUUUUGCUCACUGCAAAACUAGACAGCAAAAUAAUUCUAGUCCUCUAUCAUGUUUCAUAAGUAUGGUAUGCAGGGUGAGAGUGAAAGGCAUAUUCUAGUGUUCCUUCUUCUCCUGUUUUUUUUUUUUUUCCAUUGAAAUUUACGGCCCAUAGAUUUCUUGCCAGCUUUGAAAGGGGUGGGUAGGUCUAUUCAGCCAAAGGGGUCUGAACCAAAAAAUCUGGGCUUUAAGUUUAUAGAACUGUCUUCUUUUCACUUUUAAAUCAAUUUUAAAUAAAAACUUUUCUUUAAAAUAAAUUGGUUUUUUUUACGUCUAGUAAGACCAUAGAUUUUAUUUAUGUUUAUAAUAUAUCUUACAUUAAGGUCCAUUUUGUGGGCUAACAUAAUUUAGAUGCUUUUCUUUGUAUCCUUCCUUUAAAUUUUAAAUGCCAAUAGGUUAUCAAGAGAAGAAAUUGUUAAUUGUUGGAAAGGAUGCAGCUGCUGUGCCUAAAGGACAGUUAAGAACUGUUUGUGUACCUCCAAGUUCAGGUAAAGUACAUUUCCAUUAUUAGAUAUAGGAGGGAAGUUGUGCUAAAUUAAAUUAUGUCAUUAUUACGAGUAAGUCACAUUUAAUUAUUUUAUUUUGUUAAAAAUAAGAUUUAACUUUUUUUAUUUUAAUUUAACAAUGUGGAUGAUUCUUGCCUAAAAUUAAGUUUCUAGUUUCAGAAAAGGCUUCACAUUUAGUAUGUAUAUUCUGAUUGCUUAUAUUUCAGUUUUGUCUAGACUGAAAGAAUUUCUGCCUCAAAUUUCCAAUGCCAAUAAGGACAUGGCAUCUCAAAUUUCAUCUUGUCCAGACAAUAUUGAUAAGUUUGAUAUUGAAAAUAUAAGUGGAACAAGCGGUCAUCAUAUUGAAAUGGUAAGAUUUUAUUUCUUGAAAAAAUGUAAAAACAGUUGUCUGUCAAAAAGAAAAAUUAAACUUGUGUCCAUGUAUUUUAUUGAUAUUAAAUGUAAUUUUAAAAAGUUACAAUCAAUAGUCAUUCAUUUUCCCCACAUUUUCAUUACCGGUAUCUAACUGUCCUUGAGAACUUGAACGAUGACAAAAAUGUUGACAUAUUUUCAAAUAAUAAACAAACAUGAUCAACUGACAAGUCCAAUGACCGUAAAACUGAUAAUGAAUUAGUGAUUAUGGUUAAAGUGUUUGAAGAUGGUGGAUCCAGAACUAGAGCACUAGAUAUACCAGUUGAUACAGGAGGAACAAGUCAAGCCUUUUUCCAGGAUAUUGAAGCAGUUUUAAAUAAACCAGAAAUCACCUGGUGACAAUUGCAAUUUUUGGCUUGGCAAGUCAAACUCGGUGCAGACCAGAAUUAAGACCAGGAACUCCUAUAUAUUCAGCAUUGGUUGUAUUUGUCACCUGGUAAAACUUUGUUCUCAAGAGUGAAUAAAACAACUGUCAUUUUCUGUAAAUGAAAUUUUAUUAGGUGUUAAUUUAAUACAGUUUUGGAAACAGUUCAAAAAGAAAAUAAAAAAAUAAAGAUUUUCAACUGUUUACUGGUGCAGACGAAUAGGAUGUGGAGGAAUAGGACAUUCCCAAAUUUUAGGACACAUCAUCUAAUACAGCCACCUGCAGAUUUACAAACAUAAUUUUGUGUGAUGUUACCAAGAAAUUUUAAAGUAUGAGUUUGAUGAUUAUUUUUUGUACCAAGUGUUCCAACUUUGGAUUGUUGAACCAAAUUUUACAAUGUAUUGGCUUGGUGUGAUGUGCCAGAAAAAAAACGCUGUGGCAGGCUGAGAUUUCUUCACUGUUGGAAAUCCAAACUGAAUGCAGAAAUUGACUUUAUGGUGAAACAAUCACAUCUAUUUUACAGUACUUCAUAAACAAUGACACUUGUUUGUUUUUUUGAGAUUUCAAACAAAGCCAAAGAUUAAAAGAAUUGAAAACUGUGAUAAUUAAAUUUAAAUGUUGUCAAGGAUUAUUUUUUUUACUUGUGUUGUUUUAUGUACUGGUACAGGUUUUGGGGAUUUUAUGUACAGGUUUUGAUCGCACAGGUUGGCAUGUAAGCAUUAGCAGAGGGUUAAAGAUUAAGGAAAUGACUCACUGGUUAAGAGCAAUCUUUUAAUUUGCAACUAUCUCUAAAUUUUAAUUUGCAACUAUCUCUAAAUUUUAAUUUGCAACUAUCUCUAAAUUUUAAUUUGCAACUAUCUCUAAAUUUUAAUUUGCAACUAUCUCUAAAUUUUAAUUUGCAACUAUCUCUAAAUUUUAAUUUGCAACUAUCUCUAAAUUUUAAUUUGCAACUAUCUCUAAAUUUUAAUUCGCAACUAUCUCUAAAUUUUAAUUUGCAACUAUCUCUAAAUUUUAAUUUGCAACUAUCUCUAAAUUUUAAUUUGCAACUAUCUCUAAAUUUUCGUGAUGAAAUGUUUGUACACAAUAACUCUAGUAUGUGCAAGUUACCCCUAUCUACUUUUGGCAAUAAUGUAGAGCAUUAUUUUAAAAUAUUUGUUUUUUCCAUUUUCCUUUUUUAACUAACCAUCGGUCUAUUAGUCUGUGGUUGUAGCUUUAACAAUUUUUUCUCCAAAUUUGAUUAUAUCCAGUUUAUAUACCUAUUUAAAUAAUUUUGUUUACCCUUUGUAAAAGUUGUUGUCAUUUAUUUGCCUUACUUAGUUAUAAUAUAAUUAUAUAAUUUUUUUUAUAACUAUAGAAUUUAUCCAUGAUUCCGGCUGAGUGUCUUGAAGACAGUGAAGAUGACAGCAUCAGUGACAGCGAAGGCAUCUCAGAGUCUGAAUCAAAUUCAGAAGAAAAUAUCAACUAUGUAAACCUUAUUAAAUUGAUGACACCUGAAAUUAAAAUAGCAAAGACAAAAGACAAGACAAACAAGAAAGGAUUCAUAGAAGAAAUUGGGGGAAAUAUGCCAAAGAGUUAAAAAUGAUUUGUAUACCGGUAUCUGUAUAUAUUUUACACCAGUAUCCAAAACUGUAUACAUGCUCAAAGAAAGAAGCAUUGCUAUUUGUAUUAGCAUUAGAAUAUACAAGCAAUGACCUGGUUGCCACUUAUUUUUUAAAAAUUUAACUUAUUAGUUCUAAUUAAAAAGGUACCUGUACCAGUUAUCAGAAAAUGUAUAACGCUUACCCAAUUAGAAUUUGUUUUUAACAUUAAGUACCGGUAUUAUGGUAAGGCUCAUUAAACAAGUCUGUACCUUCUUGCUUGUAUCAUUAACAAUGUGAUCCAAAACUUUCUCAUAACUGACAGACACAAGGAACAAUCACAAGUGAUAUAAUAUAAAUCAAGAACACUAAGCAAACAUCCCAUUUUUGUGGUUCUCGAUUGAGACAAAAAAUAUUUGAAUAAUAUUUGUGGUCUUGUAAUUUCUGUAUAAAAAUAUAAAAUACUUGUACCAGAAAAUGCAUUUUUGUAAUUAUACUUUAACUUUAAUGUAAAUAAACGCCAUAUA